UUGGUCUCUCACACCGCGGUCUUUUUUGAAGACACCGACCGCGGUGUAAUACGCUAUAUUCAGUUUGUGGGUGAGUUUCUGUCCCACUGGUGGUCUGUGUUUCAUCUGCCUUCCAUUUACACCGCGGUCUUUUUUGAAGAUCCCGACCGCGGUGCAACAUCUAUUUGUCCUAUUUCGACGGAUCCCUGUCUUUUGGCCACUACUAUCUCCCUUGAUUUAUACCUCGGUGGGGGCCCCCACCGAG